AUGGCUAAUAACUUCCAGUUCCCACCCAACAUAAAGAAACUGCUAGACGAUAAGGAGAAGACCGGGUCCCUCCAUUUCAGGUCAGAAGGAGGCGACUCGCGAGGCCUAUUGGUCGGGCAAUAUAGCAGGUGGCUUGGUGGAAAAGCUGGCGACUGGGGCGUGACCGAAUACGUCGACGUCUACUUGGACAAGGCCAAAUGGGAAUUAAUCAAGCGCGAGCCUAAUCGACACCCGAAAAAUGAUCUCGAAAUCACAUUCAAGGAGUCGUCAAGUCGUUCGGUGACAAAUUCGACAGAGACAACAGUUUCGGCCGACCUCGGCUUUGAAAAGGUUUUCAAGUUCUCGAUGGGCAUUGAGGACAAACGCAUCACAGCUGUUACGACGAGCAACGAGAGAGGAACCGACAAGAAACAUACUCUUGGUCCUGGCGAAUCGGCUUACAUCUAUAGGCGCAUUUACCAGCUCAACCUGCGCGCGUGGUGGUCGGCAGAUCUUUCGGGCGCUGAACGUGUUGUUACCCAGGAUGCAACGACCAAUAAUACACAUGAAGGAGCAGUCAAAAGCACCAUCACAGGAGACGAUGAGAUUUUCUUCGACCCUCUAUCGGGAGAAGAGACUAUCACCUUACCUCCGGCGAACAAGGAGCGGGACGACAGUCCGAACGGCUGGAAGAACCGAAUCCGAUUCAGCGACCUUUAUAAUCCGGCAAAAGCACAAGUCGCUGGAGCUUGGAAGAGAGCGUUGGGUGGAUCUCGAGAUGACGUGAUACGGGAGAUGUUGAAGUAUAAGGACCCGAGCUUUGAAUUCACGAUAGUGCCUACGUUCUCGAUCGAAGUCGCCUUUUUAGGGCUCACCAAGUUCGGGAUUGCAUAUCCCCCUCCUGUUUGA